AUGUUGGGUUUGCUUAAGGCCAGGUUUAUGUUCACCUCAAGCAAUGAUGAGAACGAAGAUUACGCUUCUUUUUUGAUCAAACACGGUGACAACGUUAAGGAUGUAGCGUUCAAAGUCAAUGAUCUCAACUCAACUCUCCAAUGUAUACUGAAGAAUGGAGGAUAUUUAUUGAGUGAUGCUAGAACUUUAAGCGACAAAUUCGGUUCCGUUGAGAUAGCGACUGUUGCAACAGCACAAAGUGAUAUGCGUCACACACUGAUUGAAGCGCACAACUACAAGGGCAUAUUCCUACCUGGAUUUUGCGCGUACAAAAAUAAUUUUUUAGCUGAGAAACUGUAA